UCAGAGUAACUCAGAGCUCAGGGGGCAGAGUCCGCGACAAAACGGACAAUUUGCCGACGGGAACACAACUGUCAGCACCAUCAGGCAUUUCUUGUCUAAGGAAGACUUGCAGCCGACUAACAGCUGUCUGCGAGCCAUCUCCCAGGUACGAGGACAGGAGACAGGCCUCAGAGAGGCAGACACAUAGAGGAAGAAGAAGGCUCCCAGCUGUGAACCUGAUGUGGGAUUCCAUCCCAGGACCUCAGGACCACGACCUGAGCCAGGUGCCCCCAGCAUUGGUAUCAUUUAAAGAUGUGGCUGUGACCUUCACUGGGGAGGAAUGGAGACAUCUGGACCUGGCCCAGAGGACCUUAUACCGGGAGGUGAUGCUGGAGACUUGUGGGCUCCUGGUCUCACUGGGGCAUCCUGUUCCCAAACCAGAGCUGAUCUACCUACUGGAGCAUGGGCAAGAACUGUGGUCAGUGAACAGAGGCCUCUCCAAAAGCACCCAUACAGGUGAAAAAGCAAAACCUGAGACCACAGAGCUUACUGCUUCUCAGCUGGCCUUCACUGAGGAAGCCCCUUUUGAGGAACAAGUGACACAGGGAGUCGCAAGGGAUUCCAGGUUGGGGCAAGCAAGGGAUCAGGAAAAACUAUCAGAAAUGCAGGAAGGGAGCUUGAGGACAGGAACAGACCCCCACAAGGAGACAUGCACUAGGAAAUUGGCCCGUAAACAUGAUGAUUUGGAAACAGAUGAUCGUUUGUGUUUAACGGUUUUACAGGAGCGAGUCACUGCACAAGGUGAUCUACAAGAACAUGAACAAGGACUAGGAAAAGACCCUGUGAUAGAUGCAAGGAAUAACUUGUAUAAAUGCAGAGAAUGUGGGAAAAGAUUUAGCAAGAAUUGGGCCCUCGUUCGUCAUCAACAGAUUCAUGCUGGAGUCAAGCCUUAUAAAUGCAGUGAAUGUGGGAAAGCCUGUCGUUAUAUGGCAGACUUCAUUCGACAUAUGAGGUUGCAUACUGGGGAAAAACCAUACAAGUGUAUUGAGUGUGAGAAGGCCUUCAAACGCAGGUCUCACCUCACAGAGCACCAGCGCAUUCACACUGGAGAUAAGCCCUAUGAGUGCAAAGAAUGUGGUAAAACUUUUACCCACCGCUCCUCUUUUAACCAGCAUAAUAUGACUCACACUAGGGAAAAGCCUUUUUUGUGCAAAGAAUGUGGGAAAGCUUUUUACUACAGCUCUUCCUUUGCUCAACACAUGAGGAUUCACACGGGAAAGAAACUCUAUGAGUGCAGUGAAUGUGGGAAGGCCUUUACUCACCGCUCCACUUUUAUCCAGCAUAAUAUGACCCACACAGGAGAGAAACCCUUUUUGUGCAAAGAAUGUGGAAAAGCUUUUUGCCUCAGCUCAUCCUUCACUCAACACAUGAGGAUUCACACUGGAGAGAAACCCUAUGAGUGCAAUGACUGUGGAAAGGCCUUCACUCAUCGCUCUACUUUUAUCCGGCACAAGAGGACUCAUACUGGAGAGAAACCCUUUGAGUGCAAGGAAUGUGGGAAAGCCUUUUGUGACAGCUCUUCCUUAAUUCAGCACCUGAGAAUUCACACUGGUGAGAGGCCCUAUAAGUGCAGUGAAUGUGGAAAAGCCUUUACACACCACUCUGUUUUUAUCCGACAUAAUAGGACCCACAGUGGAGAAAAACCUUUGGAGUGUAAACAAUGUGCAAAAGCCUUCUACUACAGCUCUUCCUUUACUCGACACAUGAGGAUUCACACUGGCGAGAAGCCCUAUGUAUGCAGAGAAUGUGGAAAGGCCUUUACCCAGCCUGCAAAUUUUGUUCGUCAUAAUAGGAUCCACACUGGAGAAAAACCAUAUGAAUGCAAAGACUGUAAGAAGGCUUUUUGUGACAACUUUGCCUUAACUCAACACAUGAGAACUCACACUGGGGAGAAACCCUUUGAAUGUGGUGAAUGUGGAAAAACCUUUAGCCACAGUUCAUCCUUCACUCACCAUCGAAAAAUUCACACCAGAGUUUAAAGGCCUCUUCAGGUUGUUUACUUCAGUCAAUUUUAGUGACCUCAUACUGGUGAAAUAUCUUUUCUUUUGAAUAUAAUUAUUCAGGAAAAUCUUUCGGCCAGAGAAAUAUCUUGCUUGUUACUGAUAAUUCAUACUGAAGGGAAACCUAAUUGUCACCCCCGUGAGAGCUUUUUGUGGCAGGGCAUCUCAAGGGUCAAAUUAGAAAUUGACCCAGUCUAGACCCUUACACUACCCCUGAGAAUCAUCCACAAGUGAGACCCAGUGGUUGUAUCUCUGGGAAAAGUGUCAGCAAGAAUCCUAUGUUUAUACUAUAAACCCAUCUCAAGAGUAUGUUAAAAGGGCAAUGAGUGGUAGAGGAGGGGAUGUAGAAGAGAAAGGAAAAAGAAAAGCAUACAUGGCUUCUUUCCAGUUUCCCUGCCAAGGUUGUGAUAAUUUGUCAUUACGGCUGUAGUGGGGGGUAUUGGGUGUAUGGAGGAUAAAAAGACCUCACCCGCAUCGUGUUUUUUAUAUAUCCAUUAUCAGGAGAGUUGGAGCACUGAAGGCAGCUGUGCUGCCAACAUUUUUUGAGAAUAUUCCUUAUUCUAAAACAUUGUCAUUUUUAAGUUUUAGGAGCAUAAAUGUUUGUGAGAGGUUUAGAAGCCUGAGUCAUGAAAUACUUAGACACACACAGACAUGUAUAUUUAGUCAAUUCUUGUUACUCAUUGUAGUCAUAUUCUAUAAAUUCAUCACAAACAGUGAAUUCAUGAAUACUGAACCACUGCUCCUAGAGGAAAUACAAAUUUAGGUUCACAUUUUCAUCAACCAAUUAAUGCAUUAUCUGUCAUGGAAUUUUUUUUCUGUUUAUAGGCAUCUGAAUUUAAUGUUUCAUAUAAAUUAUAUGCAGGAUUAUAAAAACACUUCAAUUACAUCAUUUUGUGUAGUGUAUUGUUAUUACACUACUACUUUAACUUAGUCAUACAGUUACCACAGUUUAGUACCCACAAUAAACACAGUAAACCGUAGAGUAAUAUGAACACCUACACUAUGCUAUAGUCAUGCAAAGAAAGUCCAGGAAAAAAAAGGUUAAAAUUAAUCAAAGAUUAACAUUUAAUAAAACUAGUUUUGAUAGCGCUG